UAGAGAGCAAUGCAGACAGGCAUAUAACACAGUCACAUUUCGCCGUCUCCUCUCAAAAAAACCACACGCAACACUCGAGAGUUUGAUUGUUUGUAUUUACUGAGAUGUUUAUGCGCAUUUUGGAAGGUUCGGUCGCGCGCAGGAAUAUAUUCUUAGUAACAAACACCGAAAUGGCGAUGUUUUACGCCCUCGGAGCACGUCGCCGCGCAUUAAAAGCCGCACAGACAGGUUUCAGACGAGGCUGGAGGGUCCGUGAACGUGCGCGAUAUCGUCGAGAUUCGUCAGAAUUGUUUCAGCGCAAAACUUUCGUUAUUGUCAUGAUGGGCGAGUGUGAAGCGCGACGGCUGUGCGCAUGCGCACUGGAGUCCGCCUGGCCAAUUUCUCAGUACUCGUGGGAGAAUUUGGGUUAGCCGUGUGUGUGUGUGUGUGUGAUGGAGUCGUCGGGCCCGAGCGCAGCUCCAGAGUUUGAUGUGUACGAAGCCAUGGACUGGAAGGACGGAGUGGGAACUCUUCCCGGCAGCGAGCUCAAGUUCCGGGUGAAUGAGUUUGGGGUCCUGGAGGUCAUAACGGACGAGAUGGAGGAGGAGAGGGGCAAGAAAGCUCACGCCACCACCACAUGGAGCGUCCCCACGGCACACGAGGUAUCAGUCAUUACCGCAGUGUAAGAACGGCUUCAGGGUUGGCAUGAGGCUGGAGGGCAUCGACCCCGAACACCCGUCCAUGUACUGCGUCCUCAGCGUGGCGGAGGUGUUGGGACAUCGAAUCAGACUGCAUUUCGACAAAUAUUCGGACUGCUAUGACUUCUGGGUAAACUCCAACUCUCCGGACAUCCACCCAGUGGGAUGGUGUGAGAAAACCGGACACAAGUUGCAUCCACCUAAAGGGAUGAAGGAUGAAGAGUUCAGCUGGUCCUCCUUCAUCAAACUGAAUAAAAUACAGACGGCCCCCAAAGCCCUCUUCCAGAACCAGAACAUGACGGUGACGCCGUCGGGCUUCAGGAUUGGGAUGAAGCUGGAGGCCAUCGAUAAGAAGAAUCCCUCGUUCAUUUGCGUCGCCACAGUCGCCGACAUGGUGGACAACCGCUUCCUGGUGCACUUUGACAACUGGGAUGAAGGUUACGACUACUGGUGUGAUGCAACCAGUCCUUAUAUCCAUCCGGUCGGCUGGUGUCGUGAGUACGGCAGAACACUCACCACUCCUCCAGAUUACCCUGAUGAGAAGAACUUCUCCUGGGAGAAAUAUUUGGCAGAGACCAACUCACUACCAGCUCCUGCUCGAGCCUUCAAAGUGAAACCUCCUCACAGUUUUCAGCCCAAUAUGAAGUUGGAGGUGAUCGACAAGAGGAACCCGGUUCUGAUCCGAGUGGCCACUGUGGUUGAUACAGACGAACAUCGACUCCUGAUCCAUUUUGAUGGCUGGACAGAUGAGUACGAUUACUGGAUCGAUGCCGAUAGCCCAGACAUUCAUCCUGCCGGCUGGUGCGCCAAAACCGGACAUCCCCUGCAGCCUCCAAUCACUCCUCAGGACAUGUUUGAGACAUCUGAGCAGGGCGGCUGUCCCACGGCAGGCUGUAAGGGAGUGGGUCACAUUAAAGGAGCCCGCUACUCUGGACAUCACAGUGCUGUGGGUUGCCCAUAUUCUGAUAUCAACCUCAAUAAGGACUCGGUUCUGCCGGACCGCUUGAGCGGAGAGAUGCCGGGGAGCGGAGUGGGUCGCCCGCGCAGAGCAGAACCCAGCGCAGAGACUUCAGCCGACGCUAAUGACAAACCCGUCACCCCUGCGCCAUCUCACCCGGAGAAACCCAGCACGGCAACCGUCGCCAUGGAAACGACUGUAAAGAAGCCUGUCGUCACAGAGACCAAGCGAAGGGUCGGUCGUCCCUGUAAAGUGCGUAAGGUGGAGGAGCCGCCGCAGGAAGAGGAAGUGGAGAGUGAGGUGUCAUCAGUCACUGAAACCAAAGAGUUGACUCUGCAGCAGGCUUUGCACCAGUCUGUAUUCAUGCCAUGUUCCAGCCAAUCUCCCAGCAUGCCUCACUGCUGGGAUCAGCACAGCAAGCUGCUUCCGACUGUGGCGGGCAUCACGGCCGGUAAAGUGGCGGCGUGGAGUGUGGAUGAGGUGACUGAGUUUAUCCAAGGACUACCAGGCUGUAAAGAACAAGUGCGCACCUUCAGAGAGGAGCAAAUAGACGGAGAGGCGUUCCUGCUCCUGACUCAGGUGGACCUGGUGAAGAUCCUCAGCAUUAAACUAGGACCUGCGCUGAAAAUCUACAACUCCAUCCUGAUGUUUAAAACCACCGAGAAAUCGGCCUGCAACGAACUCUGACCCACCCCGACGCAGAGCCGAGGGCUUCAGUCAAAGGGCUCGUGGUGAACACUCAUACAGUAUAUACACAUGACACUAUUGCACAUGCUGAACAAGAUUUAGAUUAUGCCAGAAUGAGCAGGUUGAGCACAUAUAUUGACAUUGAUAAUUCAUUUAGACACACUUCUCUGCACCAUCCUUUAUAAACGUGUAUAUGUAUGCAGUUAUUAAGUCACAUGGCGGUUGUGCCCUUUCAUUACGGGGUGGGUGAGAAUGUAUAUUUCGCUGAGGGGUUAUCGAAGCGCCUUUCUGAAUUCAGGUGUUAUACGAAUGCAGGUACAUGCACUGAAGAGCGCACAAUUUCUGUUUCUCUCUAAUUCAUAGCUGUAGAUCAUUCAAAUUCAUCAUUUAUCCUGAAAAUGUUUCCAUUUAAUUCAGUCUCUGUCGUGUUCAGAUUACCUGAACAGUGACUUUAGAGGGGCUAAGCUCAAAAGAGCAAGUGUGAGGUUAGAAAAUAAGACGUUUUGCUAAUCCAUCAUCGACACCAGUUCUGCAUGAAGGAUUGGUGUUUUUGAACUUCAUUAUGAUUGCAGUGCGUAAAGUAUGAAGGCCAAUCUAUUUUCUCAUGUUCUCUUUCUUUUUUGUUUUGAUAUGGGGGAUGUAUAAGUGGAGGACGAAGGGUUGAAGCUACACGCGAGGCACAAAUAAACAUUGUGAGAGCCAUAUUUGGUAUUUUGUAAUAGAAUGUAACUAAUACUCCGAAUGCCUUCAUGUGCACAGCAUAAGAUACUGUAAAACGUGUCAUUUUCCUUUAAUAUACAGACAUGAGUAUUCAAUCUCGUUCUGUUGCUGAGGCAUGCAGCAUUAAAUACAGGAUACUUCACAUUUAUUCAAGUUUAAUAUUUUGACUAUUAAAAAUGAAGUGAUGGAAUGUGUUAACAAAUCUAAACAAUUGUAUAGUGUUGAAAUGCUGGUUUUACUCAGCCGUAUGAUUUUUCAUAUAUUCAAAACUCAUUUAUCAUGUAGAUUUUUUUUGUGAUGAACUGUUAGUUUGGAGAUUUAAAAUGGAUAAUAAAAAUGUGUAAAUAAGGAAUGGUUUAGUGUGGAUGUGCAGCACUGGUGUGUGGACUACUAAACUUCACUAAUUCAUUUGCAAAUAAACUUGAUGAUCCAAACGUCUGU